AUGUUAAAAGUUGCUCUCAAGAGGUAUAGAACUUUAGUUCUUUUCAGUAUAUUUUUCUUUUACCUAGGAUGCUGUUUAACUUUAAGUUUCUUACGUAUUGAUUGUACUAAGGUAACUGUUAGUAAUAAUAACGUCUUGCAACUGCAAGACGAUACAAUAAUAUUAGCAGAAUAUAUUGUAUUAAUAGUUAGUAGUCCUAGUAAUCAAGCUAAACGCGAUGCUGUAAGAGCUACUUGGUCAAAGUUUGUAAAUAAUAUAUUCAUUGAUAACGGUCAAACAAUAUACAAGUGGAAUUAUUCUUGGACAACACAAAAUUCUCAACAUGGCAUGAUUAAAAUAUAUUUUGCUGUAGGAACACAGGGAUUAAAUGAUGAAAAAAUAAAAAGCUUAAGGGCUGAACAAAAACAUAGUAAAGAUUUGUUAUUUUUAAAUAUAGAGGACAAUUACCAAAAUUUAUCUCUAAAAAAUUUAAAAGCCAUAAAAUGGUUUAGUAAGAAUGUAAAAGGUAUGAAAUAUUUGAUCAAAUGUGAUGAUGAUUCUUUUGUCAGAAUUGAUUUGAUAGUAAAAGAUCUUGAAGCUUUUGCACCAAGUAUGACUGCACCAGAGAUAAACCAAUUUGUUACAUUAAAAAACAGGAUACCCUCAGAUAAAGGACUGUAUUGGGGUUAUUUUAACGGCCAUGCUAAUGUUUAUCUAAAUGGAAAGUGGCAGGAGAGGACGUGGUUUCUAUGUGAUAAAUAUUUGCCAUAUGCACUUGGUGGCGGUUAUGUUAUUUCUCGCAGUAUUGUGGACUAUAUAGCCAACAAUUCAAAUUUACUAAGUUAUUACAAUUCAGAGGAUGUCUCGAUGGGUGUAUGGACAGCUGCACUAGAUAUAAACAGGGUUCAUGACAUUAGAUUUGACACUGAGUGGAAAUCAAGAGGUUGUAAUAAAACAAUGUUGGUGCGGCACAAGCAAUCGCCCAGUGAUAUGUUCGAAAUGUAUGAGACUUUAGUGCACUCUCAUGGAGAAAAACUUUGUAAGACUGAAGACUUUAAGAGAAAAACAUAUUUUUACAAUUGGAAUGUAUUGCCUAGUAUGUGUUGUAGCAGUACACAAAAUUAA